UACCGGGCUGCGUUGUUUAGUACAUGUGCGUACUAAACUCCACUGGUUCUAGUACGAAUCUGUACUAAGUACUGUUCCCCUCUUGCUAGCUUGUAGAUGGCGAUGCAGAACGCUUAUGCUCUUCAGUGGACAUUGGGCAGCAGCUGCCGAGCUUGGCGGCAGUGGCGCCACCUAUCGAUGCAGGUGGCGCCACCUGUCAGUGAAGCGCUCAGGGCCCGCAAUGCAGUGGUAGCCCUCGAAUCUACCAUCAUCACGCACGGUAUGCCGUACCCGCAAAAUCUGGAGACCGCUCAGAAGGUGGAGGAGAUCGUGAGGCAACAGGGUGCCGUACCGGCCACGGUCGGUGUCGUGGACGGCCGGCUGCACGUGGGUCUGAGCCGCGCCCAGAUGGAGCGGCUGGCGCGCCGUGACCGGCCGUCCGUCAAGACAUCGCGUCGCGACCUCGCCUGCGUCAUGGCCAAGGGCUGGGACGGCGGCACCACGGUGUCCGGCACGCUGGUGGCCGCGGCCCGGGCCGGUAUAGCCGUGUUCGUGACGGGCGGCGUGGGCGGCGUGCACCGCGGCGGUCAGCUGACCAUGGACGUCUCGGCGGACGUGACCGACCUGGGCCGCUCCCCCGUCUGCUGCGUCUGCGCCGGGGUCAAGAGUAUCCUGGACGUGGGCAGGACGCUGGAGGCGCUGGAGACGCAGGGGGUGGCUGUCGUUACGCUCGGCCCCAGUGACCGGUUCCCGGCGUUCUUCACGGCCGACUCCGGCCACCGGUCGCCGCAUCACGUGGCCAGCUGUGCCGAGGCCGCCGCCGUACUGCACCAGCACCGGCAGCUGCAGCUGGAGAGCGGCCUGCUGCUGGCCGUGCCCAUACCAGACCGGCACCGGGCCGAGGGGGAACAGAUCGAGGAGGCCAUACAGCGAGCCGUGCAGGAGGCCAACGAGCAGGGCGUCUCGGGCCGUGACGUCACGCCGUUCAUCCUGUCACGUGUCAACCAGCUGACGGCCGGGGCCAGUCUGCGAGCCAAUAUCGGGCUGGUGGAGAACAACGCGCUGCAUGGCGCCCGGGUGGCCGUGGAGCUGGCGGAGCUGGUCCGGGGCAGCGGCGGCCGGGGGGCCGUCCCGGAGCCGGCGACAGCAGCCGGCGCGUCACCGCUGUGGUCCGGCGGCCUCCCCGCAGAGGCAGCCGACGGGUCCCAGCUGCCGGCGGCCGGCGGCCCGCCACCCACUGUGAUCGGUGGAAGUGUUAUUGAUUUUGUCGUCAAGGUAUCGGAAGACAAGAUUAAGCUGGACGGCUCUACGCACCGCGGUCGGAUAAUGCAGCGCUACGGCGGCGUGGCGCGGAAUGUGGCUGACGCGCUGUCGCGGCUGGGCCACCGGCCCCACUUCUUGUCGGCUGUGGGGCGGGACGAGCUGGGCGAGUCACUGCUCACCAACAACCCGCACAUGGACUGGCGCUGCGUUUCGCGGCCGGACGGCCGGUCCACUGCGAGCUACGUGCUGAUGGUGGACGCGGCGGGCACCGUCCAGUUCGGCGUCGGCGACAUGGACAUGCACAGCCUCAUCACGCCCCAGCUGGUGGAGCGGCACCAGUCGGCCCUGGUCGCCAGCCCUCUGGUGGUGCUGGACGCCAACACGCCGGCGGCCAGCCAGGCGGCGGCGGCGAGGCUGUGCUCGUCGGCCGGCGUGCCGCUCUGGCUCGAGCCGACCGAUGUGCACAAGGCGGGCGAGGCGGCGGCCGUGCUGACGGCCGGGCCGCGGCCGCCGCUGCUCUACACCUCGCCCAACGCCGUCGAGCUGCGCGCCAUCCUCGCCGCUCUCACCGACGGUGAGCGGAGGGACCCGGAGCGGUCGCCGCCGCCACUCCUGUGGAGGGAUGGGGCUCUGGCAGCCUGUCAGGCGUGCCGGAACGCCAGUCUGCGGCUGCUCGAGCACUUCUACUGCGUCAUCGUCACCAUGGGGACCAACGGCGUCAUGCGGGGCACGCCGGCUGUCUCGUGCGUCCACUACCCGGUCACGCCAGUACCACACGUGGUCAACGAGAGCGGCGCCGGGGACUGCUUCAACGGCGGCUUCAUCUCGGGCAUGUUGGCCGGCCUGGACCAGGACCUGUGUGUGUGGCGGGGCGUGCAGACUGCCGCCCAGGCGGUGGUCGCUGCCGGCGCCGUGCCGGGCUCCCUGCACGUGCCGGACCGGAUCAGCGGCGCCACUAUCCAGUCAACGGAGAUGACCGGAGGAUGA